AAGAGGCGUAAAAUAUGAGAGGGGCACAGGCAGUUAUACACACCCACUCCAAGGCUGCUGUCAUGGCAACGCUGCUGUAUCCAGGCAAGGAGUUCAGGAUAACACACCACGAGAUGAUCAAGGGGAUUCGUAAGGGCACCUCAGGCACAAACUAUUGGUAUGACGACUGCCUGGUGGUGCCUAUUAUUGAGAAUACGCCAGAGGAGAAGGACUUGAAAGACCGCAUGGCUCGGGCGAUGGAAGAAUACCCUGAUUCGUGCGCGGUUCUCGUCCGCCGGCAUGGUGUCUACGUCUGGGGCGAGUCGUGGGAAAAAGCCAAGACCAUGUGCGAGUGCUACGACUACCUGUUCGACAUCGCUGUCCAGAUGAAGCAGAGCGGAUUGGGCCCUUCAGCCCUUCCAACGGAUGAGGAGAAAGGAAUAAUGUGACAUUCAGCGGCGCUUUUUAAAGAGACAUUUG